CAAUUCAGAUCCCAAACAGCAACAAAGAAAACCUUUCUGUGAAAUCAGGUUUGGUCCCCGGUUUCUUCUUCUCAGCAGCUUCUUUCAAUCUCUUUAAUUAUACUUCAAUUCACAUUCAGUCCUGCAACAAGAAAGAUAAAUGAAAUUAGCCUUCAAUUCAGCUUGAUUUGCAACAAGAGACAGCUCAGGGGAAAGUUUGGCUUGCCUUUUGUUGGCAUACACCUCUGGUUUUUCUCCCCUUAUUUGUCUCUUCUUUCCUGGAUUUUGGUUAUUCACACAAAUUUUUCAUCUUUCUGUUUGCGAGAAGAGAAAAUCAUAGACAUGAUGGGGAGGAACCCUGAGGAACAGAUCAAACUGCAUAGAGGAUCUAAGGCCACAGUGGAAGGUGAUAUGCGAAAGUCCUUGUUCGCUUCCAAUCCCAAGUCACCAACCCAAAAUGGCAGACCAAGCAGCAUGGUCUUCAAGAAAGCACAUACAGUGAUUCCUGCCCACAUAAUAGCAGAAGCCAUAUCGACACUCCAUGGUCUUGACCUAAGAUGGUCAGGCCCAAUCACACCAACUGAAAUGCAAUAUGUUGAACAAUAUGUCCUAGCCAAGUACCCAGAGUACUCCAAUGCUCUAGUUGAAGGAGGAGAGAAGACUGACCUCUACAAUCUGUGCAUCAAAGAAGAGCCAUCCAAUCUUCUACUCGAUGACAAACGGAAGUCGCCCCGGUGCAGUCUCCGAGAGUCGUCCCCACCCUCAUUCGGAAACAAUCUCCCUGACCUAGACAAAACCCAGUUGGAGCCAUCAAGAUUGCUUGAUAUUCUCACCAAGAAAUCGUCGUUUCCGGGGAGUUUCAUCUCCAUACCAGAAAUCCAAGCCCGGAACAAAGUUUUGAAGCACUGUGGAUUGCCUGAUGAAGAGUACCUUGUUCUCUUCACUCCAAACUACAAAGAUGCCAUGAUGUUGGUAGGAGAGAGCUACCCUUUCUUCAGAGGAAACUUCUACAUGACCGUCAUCGGAGAAGAAGGAGAUUACAUCAGAGAAUUCGCAACUUACAAGGAAUCGAAAGUGGUUGUGGCACCAGAAACUUGGUUAGAUCUGCGGAUCAAAGGGUCACAACUGAGUCAGUAUUUCAGGAGGAAAUGUAAGCAUAGCCCUAAAGGGUUGUUUUCUUACCCGGUCGAUGUGAACGGUACACGUUACUCAAUGCAUUGGGUUUCGGAAGCUCACAGGAACGCAUGGCAUGUUCUGCUUGACGCCACCGCAUUGGUGGUGGGAGAGGAUCAGUUGAACCUUGCGCUUCAUAGGCCGGACUUCGUGUUGUGCAGUCCUGACAAUACACAUGCUCAUCCUUCAAAGAUCACCUGCCUCCUAGUGAGGAGAAAAUCGUUCGAUAAGACGACGGUGUCGCCUCAGGCACAAGAGUAAGAGAGAUUUUAUGAAAAUAUAUAAUCUGUUUUAAAUGAUGAAGCAAAAUCUAUACAUGUUUUUCCAGUAUAAAGUUUGAAACUGGAAUGCAAAAUCUAUACAUUUUUGCACUGUGAAGUUUGAAACUGGAAUUACUAAUUCAUCUUAUCUUUGGAUCCUUCACUAUCUGAAUGACAAUUUUGGAUCUUUGUGUGC